AUGCUCUCCGGCGUGCUAAUCUUCAACCAAAAGGGCGAGAACCUCAUCUUCCGCGCCUUUCGCAACGACUGUCGCCCUCGUCUUGCCGACGUCUUCCGUAUCCAGGUCAUCUCCAACGCCCAAGUCCGAUCGCCCAUCUUGACGUUGGGCAGCACGACCUUUAGCCAUGUCAAGCACGAGAACAUUUACCUGGUGGCCAUCACCAAGAGCAAUGCCAAUGCCGCGCUGGUCUUUGAGUUCCUCUACCGGCUGAUUCAGCUGGGAAAGGGGUACUUUGGCAAGUUUGACGAGGAGGCCGUCAAGAACAACUUUGUGCUGGUCUACGAGCUGCUGGAUGAAAUCAUCGACUUUGGCUAUCCCCAAAACACCGAGACCGACACGCUCAAGAUGUACAUCACCACCGAAGGCGUCAAGUCCGAGUCGCGACCCGAAGACACGUCCAAAAUCACCAUGCAGGCCACCGGCGCGCUGUCAUGGCGAAAGGCAGACGUCAAGUACCGCAAGAACGAGGCGUUCGUCGAUGUCAUCGAGGACGUCAACCUGCUCAUGUCUGCCACCGGCGCAGUUCUGCGAGCGGAUGUCACGGGCCAAAUCGUUAUGCGCGCCUAUCUCUCCGGCACCCCCGAGUGCAAGUUUGGGCUCAACGAUCGACUGCUGCUAGACAAUGACGGCCUGCUUAGCCUUCCCAGCGGCAACAAAAUGGGCACCAAGGCCACCAAGGCAGCGGCGGGAAGCGUCACGCUGGAGGACUGCCAGUUCCACCAGUGCGUCAAGCUGGGCAAGUUCGACUCGGACAGAAUCAUUAGCUUCGUCCCGCCCGACGGCGAGUUCGAGCUCAUGCGCUACCGUGCCACCGAAAAUGUCAACCUGCCCUUCAAGGUGCACGCCAUCGUCAACGAAGUCAGCCGCACAAAGGUCGAGUACAGCAUCGGCGUCAAGGCCAACUUCGGAUCCAAGCUCUUCGCCACCAAUGUCAUCAUCAAGAUCCCGACCCCCCUCAACACCGCCAAGAUCACCGAGCGGUGCACACAGGGCAAGGCCAAGUACGAGCCCAGCGAGAACGUCAUUGUCUGGAAGAUUGGCAGGUUCACCGGCCAGAGCGAAUACGUCCUCACUGCCGAGGCUGCCCUGACCAGUAUGACAAACCAGAAAGCAUGGAGUCGACCUCCCCUGAGCAUGAACUUUAGCCUGCUCAUGUUUACCAGCUCUGGCCUAUUGGUACGAUACCUAAAGGUCUUUGAGAAGAGCAAUUACUCCAGUGUCAAGUGGGUGCGGUACAUGACAAGAGCAGGUUCAUACGAGAUAAGAUUUUGA